AUGCCUAGUCAUAACUCUUCGUGCCUGGGGAGCCCAAUCAGCACGACGCCUACAUUUUCGGAUGACAUCUCCAUCCAAACGAUGCUGGACAACAAUUCAGAUUUCUCAUAUCCCUUGUCAACGUCAUUCCAGCCAGAACACGGAACAAUGCAGUUCACUGAUCCUAUUGAUACUUGGUGUGACCUAGACGGUCUUGCGGGUAUUCCAGGACCCGGAGACGCUGCGUCGCCUCUUAAGAUACACAACUGUCAUCCCCAAUCUUCAUAUGGCAAGGGUGACUUGAGCAUGUCUCCGCCGUUUGAUGCUGUAGGACAUUGGGCCAGCGCGAUGUCUCAGCCUUCGUCAUACAACGGCACAGCCUAUCUAUCACCAUCUGUAUCGUCUCGAAGGUCGAGCGACAGAGAAACGGAGCUCACAAUUCCAAACGACAUAAGUCAUUAUCAGUCUUCAGAAUCGGGUGUGUCUACGGCUUCGAGCGCUUGCCAUUGUCUGGAAAAUCACGCUGAUUUGAUCUGUCGGCUCAAGGAGUUAGAGCAGAAGCAUAUCAUGCCUCGUAUUGAUGUCGUCCUCGUUGGGGCACAGCAGGCUCUGGUCCCCUGGAAGAGUGUCAUCGAAUGCCGCACCUGCAAGACGGAUCAUAACCAGGAGGUACUCCUCAUGUCUGCUAUGAGCAUACGAUCGAUUCUCCGACGCCUUCAGGCUCUUGUGGUCGAGAGCCGCAACCCGAUGCCACUAAGCGGCGCUUCCUCUCCCGGUACAACUUUCUCACCUACCUUUUCCGGGCAAGCCAGCCCCGUCCUCAGUACUCACAGCUUAAGCCAUGACGACAUCAGGUCAACCAUCGGCAUCUACGAAAUCACAGGGGACGAGAGGACAGCCGUUACUGAUCUUCUCUUAUCCCGAACGCUUGACAGAAUCAGAUAUACUUUAGUUCGUCUCAAGGAAAGAAUUGAUAGCUUGAAAGCGAAAAGGACCAUGGACCCGACUGCGAUGAGACGAUCAAUGUCUAUGUACCAGCUUAAUGGCACGAAUGAUGAUGCUUUUGACGACUUUGGCAUCAACGAUCGUGGUAAAGGUAUUGGGGAUCUAGAGCACCUGGAGCAGGUGUGGCAUAAUCUAGAUAAUACUGUUCAAAGCUUGGUCCAUGCAAUCCGCAGUGGAACGACGACACCCAUCUGA